AUGGCCAUAACAAAUGAAUACGUUCUAAUCAUUAAGGGCACUGCGAUUGAAGAUCGUAGCGAUGUAAGACUCUUUGAAGGCUACUACGACAGCAUAGAGAGCCAGAGCGAUUUCAACAUCAAACGAGUGACGGUACUGCUUACAAUGUCCUUGGAUGGUUUUGUACCAAGAAGACUUUCGAAAUUGUACUCCGAGCUCUUAAGCCUCCAUGAAACCCCCCUCGAGGUUGUCGUUGGGGAAGAAACAUGGACUGUCGACGUACGCCUUUUCCGUGGUGUUGCCGACAUGCCGGCACAGCAAGCGCUUUUCGGAGUCCCUAGAUGGAACGCAGACUAUGGAUGUUCGAAGUGUUAUAUCAAAGGGAUCAGAGAUGGAAACCAGAGAAUAUGGAUUCCAUCAAACAAUGCAGACUUGGUCCAGCGAAGUGAGGAGUCAUUUGCAACAGACGCUGAAGCACGGCAAUUUGGAAUCACAAACUUGUUUAACCCUACGUCAAGGUUUCCGGAGCUGAAAGUCGAUCGAGAAUCACUGGAACACGUGAAAGACUGUCUCGCAAAGAUCACCUCUCACACCUAUUCGAACAGCCUCGUACUAUCUUUAGAGGAUCUGCCCACCUGUAAAGGAGCUGAAGUGGAUGAGAUGGCAUUCGUGUUAUUCCCCUUAGUGGCAGCAGUGGACAUUGUCCCAUCACCUAUAGCCGCUGCUUCUUUGAUUGGAUACUGGAUAUGUGUGAGGUUGAUUUGCAAAACCUCCUCGCUAACAAGGGCAGUGAUUGAGAAAGCUAAGUCCAUAGCUGAACACACUAGGGAUCUAUGGAUUAUGCUGGCGUCCCAAACGUUCACGAUGAAAUGCCAUUGGUUCUUCGAACAUGCAAUGGAGCGUGAGUUAGAGCGGUUUGGGUCGUUAUAUCAAUGGUCCGCAGCACCCUUUGAAGGACAUCAUCGCAGGUUGCAAGUGAAAAUGAACCAACACACUACAAACAGCUCCACCCUUCUGAUAGAAAGGUACUUGUUGGGUAAAAAAGUGCGGUCUUUACUCAAUGAAACGGAUAACAUCGCACUCGAAUCCUUGAAGAAGAAGACCGACAAUCAGAAUAACAGGUUUCCACUUGAAAUAAAGAUCAACGAACGCUGCUACAUUCCAAGCAACAGUCAAGUGUGCACCGAGGAUUUGGAAGAACCGGAGAAAACGCGGAUUUUGCGUUCGUCGAACGUUCCCUAUACAACAAUGCAACGCACGUCUCCAUACGCCAUAACAAGGUCGAGAGCUGCAAAGCGAGUGUACGCAAAGCCCCGAGCUCUACUGGACAUCACCUCCCCGCGAGUUGUUGAGGAGCGCGCAAUUCCCACGGAAGAAGUUCCUAUUGCUUUGGAAGAAGAAGUGCCACAAGGCAAUGUUUAUGAAAGGAGGGAGUUUCACGUCGAAGAAAGGCGAGAACAGCGGCCAGCCUCACCACCCUUACCAUCCCAUCUACAUGACUGUAUAGAUGGUGGCGUCUUGCAAGUGGACACUGCCGCGAAGCUGAUUCUGGCUAAAAUGCGACGUGACGAAUUUAACGAGGCAGCAUACUAUGAAUUUGUUCAAUCGGAUGUGGUGGCGCGAGCAACAACAACGUAUGGUAGUCUGAAUCGCCCCUUGGGGCGCGAUUUGGAUCUCCUAUGGGGAAUCGCAAACAGAAUUACAGCAGAAAUUGCACGAGCAGUGGCCACAAAAAGUAUGCGAUGCUUUGACACGGCGGAGAGGCCCUUGCCGUGUGUGACAACUGCGCCUUCGGUGACAAACUGCACAAGAAUGUGGAAGAUCGACGCCGAGCCACCGUUUGCGAAGAUAAUGAACCUACUAAAGGAAUGUGAUGAUUGGAGCCCGCGAAAAAAAGACACCCCAUAUGUGCAGGUCUCGGCGUUGUACCGCCACAUACUUCAAAGAAUUUGCAACCCACCAGAACGUAUCCGGGAGUACUCCUUGCGCAUCAAUACUUUGAAAGGGAGAGAUCUGAAGCUCAAAAGCCUCCCACGGGGAAUCACGGAUAUCCUGAUAGGUAAAACAUCAGUAAAUUAUUGUUACCUGAAAAAAUUCCAUUUAGAAAUGGUCGAGGACAUGUUAGGGAAUCAACGUGAGUUUGGAAUUUACAAUGAAGCAAGAACCAAUCAACCACAUCUUAUAGCUAUUAUC